GAGUGGAGAAGACAGGAAAGGAGUGUGUUGUUGCUGGGACUGUGUAGAGAAGCGAAUGAAAGGAUGAUUGAGGCGGUGAAAGUUUCUGGAGAGAAGGUGGCGUGCUAUAUGUAGGAACAAUUAGUGUAGAGGAUGCUGUUCGUUUUCCCUUUUUUUUUUUUCCCCUUCUACAGGAGUUGCCGAUCCAAAGGCCUGGGUUAGGAGUGAUCCUGAGCUACCUGUAUCAUCAAGAUCAAGAUCAAGAUGCCAGAUAUAAUGAGAUUGUUUCUGUAAAGAACAAGAGUGUCAAGCAGCUGCAGUCGCCAUGUGUCGGGAGAGCGGGACUGUGGAUCUGUGUUGUGUUGUGUUUCUGCCGCGACCUAUGACGGACGGGGCGUGAAGGACACCGCUAUGACUUCCACUGCAGGACAUAUCAGUCAAGGACAUGGUGUUCAGGAAGAUGUCAAGCCUGGGCCCAGUGGAUGCAGCACUCCUGCAGUCACUUUGCAACAGGAGCCUGACCCUUAUGAUGAGGAAUGUCCUAUCAAGGCAACAGGGACCAAGAGAAUACUCAGUACUAUGGAUCCUGACUAUGCACAUCCCCCUGACAGCAAGCGCUUGAGGGAGAUGCACCAGCGAGCCCAGGAUGAACUAAGCCAACGGGUCAUCAAGGUGGUGGAGAAGGAACUCCACAAAGCUAUUGUGGAAAAGGAGACUGAGAUGGAGGAAAUUGAUGCUCGCAUUCUGAGGGUGCAGCAGUGCCUGCACACCAUCCGUUACUGUGCAUCUCUCAGUUACUACAACAUUGGCAAGGAUGAAACACAAAGAAAUGAAGCCAAAGAUAGAAAGCUGUCAGGUCUGCAUCCAGCAAUUCGAAGACACCUUGGUGAAGCACAAGAACCUUGCUGGAAAACUGCAGAAUGUUUGACAAGAAAGCACACCUCCCAGCACAAGAGUCCAGACCCCAUCACAGAUAAGAAGGGGAAAGAACUUUAUAAGGAAUCUGAAAGCAACAGCCAACCAGUAGAUCAUACUAAAACACCAACAACCUUUACAGCUAACACUACAAUCACUGCCACUGACAGCUCAUCAGAAUCAAAUGCUUUUCCACUGCCUUUCUCUCAUUGUAGUGAUGAGACCUCAGAUAAGUCACAAACUUAUGCUGCUAAAGAGGCAAACAGGUCCAGACCUCCCAGCCCAAAACAUCUCCUUCCACUUCCACCUGACAACACUGCAACCAUAUCUCAGGGCCGUCAGCAACAACUCCAGAACAAAAGGAGAUUGAUUGUUGGCAAUACCUACCAGUACCUUGCUCCUGUCCCUGGAGAAGAGCUGGUAGACUCCUUCAGGUACAAAUGGCAGUUGUAUGUGAGAGCACCUCCAAGUGACCCUGAUACAUCAACAUUCCUCCAGUCUGUUACGUUUAUUCUUGAUCACAGUUAUGCCCCUCAUCACAUUAUAACCAUCAAACAGCCUCCCUUUGUCUUGAGCCGGCGAGGUUGGGGGGAGUUCAAAGUGCAGCUGACACUACGUUUUAUGGACCAACGCAACAAGCCAAUUUGUCUCCUCCAUCCAUUAGUGCUAUCACGCCAAGAUGAUGCACUUGCUCUCACUGGUCUCUGGAGGUUGGGUCAAGAGAAUUGGUAUGAUCUGUGGGUGUACCUGCCUAACCCAGAAACCAACUUAGGAGCAGAUGGACGUGCUUCAGUUAUGGAAGAAGAGUUUGGUCCAUCAACAUUAACUCAAGAGCUGAAUACAGGUGUAAUUUCUUCCCAGGUAGAAAAUAAUAUAACUGUGGACCAUGAACCUGCAUUAGGCACAGAUGUGACUUCACAUUACUUAAAUGAAGAGGACUGUGCCAAAAGUGAUAAUAUUUUGAAUGAGGAGAGUGAUGGUGUUGGUACUUUAAGCAACAGUGCACCCUGUGUGAAGAAACUAAGUCCUGCAUCCUCCCUUAUUGAAACUGCUGAUGAAGUUACAAAGAAAGAAAGUGAGGAAAGUAGCAGGAAAAAAAGGCAUUGUCAAUGGUAAAACUUGUAAAGUGCUUGUGCGACAAAGUGAUGGCAGCCUCAAAUCCUAUGCUCUUCCCCCACACUUGUAUCCACAGGCCAUGCAGAUAGCUCUUGAUCAUAGCAAGCAGAACAACACUAAUUCCAACAUUAUCAGCAUUAGCAAACUGAUAGAAGAAACAAAAUCAUCGCAGGGUACUUCGCAUCAAGGUGCAAACUAUGUUGAUAAAAGAAACAAAGGUCAGCUCAAGGAUACACUCAAGCCUAUUACUUUAAAGUUACCCACCCACCAGAAUACCUCUAUUCUCUCCUGUAAUAAGGUUGGUGUAGUAGGUGUUGGCACCACACAUGCAGGAGCCAUUCAUCUUGCAGAAGCUGGAAACAGCAAGGGCAAAUUGACGGUGCUGCCGGCUGCCACUGACACAGCUACUACUACAUGCCCCCAACAUAUGUUACUACAGAUGAAAAAAGAGAAAAAGCUCACUUUAUUGCAAAAAACAGUUUGAUGGGAAACCUCCAAAGCAGACCUCCACCUCACCCAGCUUCCGUCUCUUUCAAGUACAAACGCUUAGCCUGCAAACUCCUU